AUGCCUAAAUCAAACAUUCCACUCGUUGAGUUUUUGAAGAACCGGAUAUACCUAGGAGCCUAUGACUAUACCCCAGCAGAUUCGCAGGACCUUGUCUACUUCACAGUAGAAGAUGCCCUUCCAUUCAAUGCCUUCCAUUUGGACUUUGGUCCCUUGCAUAUUGGGCACUUGUACAGAUUUGCUGUUGUCUUGCACAACAUCUUGAACGAGGAAUCGAAUCAAGGUAAAGCGAUUGUGUUCUUCAGCUCUACAACCCCUAAGGAAAGAGCCAAUGCCGCUUGUUUGCUCUGUUGUUAUAUGAUAUUGGUGCAAUCUUGGUCGCCCCAUCAAGUCUUGCAACCGAUUGCACAAAUCAAUCCUCCCUUGCAAAGUUUCAGAGACGCAGGAUACUCUAAUGCCGAUUUCGAAAUCACCAUCCAAGACAUUGUCUACGGUAUGUGGAGAGCUAAGGAAAGAGGCAUGAUCGACUUGACCAGUUUCAACUUGGAGGAGUACGAACAGUACGAAAGAGUUGACCAGGGAGAUUUCAACGUCAUAAGUAAAGAUUUUAUUGCAUUCGCAUCACCACAACAGAACAAAAAGGGGAGUACUAGCGGUAAUGGAUUGAAUGAACCUUUCAAAAAGGUUUUGAAUUAUUUCAUUGUCAAUAAUGUUCAGUUGGUUGUCAGAUUGAACUCUCACCUCUAUGAUGCCAAUGAGUUCACCAAGAGAGGAAUUCAGCACAUUGAUAUGAUUUUCGAUGACGGAACUUGCCCCACUUUAGACUACGUACAGAAAUUCAUAGGUGCAUCGGAAUGUGUUAUAAGCAAAGGUGGAAAAAUUGCAGUUCACUGUAAAGCCGGCUUAGGGAGAACUGGAUGUCUCAUAGGAGCUCAUUUGAUCUACACACAUGGAUUCACAGCCAACGAAUGUAUUGGAUAUAUGAGAAUGAUUAGACCAGGUAUGGUUGUUGGACCACAGCAACACUGGCUCUAUUUACAUCAAAAUGAUUUCAGGGAUUGGAGGCAUACCAUGUGCUUGGACAACAGGGCAGAUUCUUUCAUUGGUGGCUUAUUCCCACUUACAUCUUACGACGACUUUAAAUUUAGAAUGAAACAGGAAGCAAAGCAUAGAAAAUUACAACACCAGCAACAAAUCAAUCUGUCUUCCGUCGCUGGUGGACACAUGGAUUCAAGUUUCCAGACCCCAAUAAGAAGAAGAAAGAUCAGCGGAGCCUUGGCUGCAAAGAUUCAAACUGCUGUCCCCAACGAUUCCCCAGGUCAGCCAAGAAAAUACCUUCAAGAGGAGGGAAAUAUUUCGGGCACUAAUAUUGCUAAUCAUAUAAACAAUAGUGACGAGGAGGACGUCCAGGAAGACAAAUUAGCAGAAGGAGACGACAACGAAGAUGAAGGAAUUGAAAACGUCAAGAGGUAUAGCCCCAUCAGAAGUAGCUCUAGACGCGAGCAAAUUGAAGAGGUGGGCGAAGAGCGCUACGGGGAUGUCCUUGUACAGAGUCCACCAAGAAGAGAGCAAUCUGUUAGUGGAAACGAUUGGAAAGUACUAAGAACAAUUUCUGUGAAUAAUGGUGGUCAGCUGAGUGCCAAAACCAGUAGAACCGUGUCUGGGUCAUCUCCAUCCAACUCAUCUCAUUCGAGUAUCAAGUUGCCCAAAUCCAGAACUCCAUCUUCCCGUGUUGCUUCAGGUAGUGGAAUUGGGAUCCAACCCAAGACUGCAGUUAGCCAUCUUCAUAAAUCUCCAAACGGCAUAAAGAAAAUUAUCAACGGAAGAAAGAUAUAA